CCUACCGAUCGCUCCCAGGGUUCCUAAAAAGGAAAGGUGCAAAAUUGGUAAAGUCUAGAGAAAUGACUGAUGAAAGGCAAGGCCAGCGACACUUCCUGUUACUGGGGCGUUAUAUAUAAACCUCACCGAAGCCCUGGCUUCCACAGAGGCACCUAGCGCUGCCGGCCCCCACACAGCUGCUGCCACCCGCCGCCCGAGCCUGAGGUUUCCCCGGAACCAAACCGCGAUGAACCAGUGGCUGUGUUGCGCGCUCCUGUUCCUGGACAUCUCCAUGAAAUGGACCACUCAAGAAUCCUUUCCUCCAAAAUACCUUCAUUAUGACCCAGAAACUUCUCGUCAGCUCAGGUGUGACAAAUGUCCUCCAGGCACCUACCUAAAAGAGCACUGCACUGCGAGUCGGGAGACCAUGUGCAUCCCUUGCCCUGAUGACUACUACACAGACCGCUGGCACACGAGCGAAGAGUGUCUGUACUGCAGCUCAGUGUGCAAGGAGCUGCAGUCUGUCAAGCAGGAGUGCAAUAGCACCCACAACCGCGUGUGCGAGUGCGAGGAAGGGCGUUACUUGGAGCUGGAGUUCUGCCUGAAGCACAGGAGCUGUCCCCCCGGCUCUGGAGUGGUGCAGGCCGGAACCCCAGAGCGAAAUACCGUUUGCAAAAGAUGUCCAGAUGGGUUUUUCUCCAAUGAGACGUCAUCAAAAGCUCCCUGUAGGAAACACACAAACUGCAGUGUCUUUGGUCUCUCUCUGACUCAGAAAGGAAACGCAACACAUGACAAUAUAUGUUCCAGAAGUAAUGAAUCAACUCAAAAAUGUGGAAUAGAUGUCACCCUUUGCGAGGAGGCGUUCUUCAGGUUUGCUGUUCCUACAAAGUUUACACCUAAUUGGCUCAGUGUACUAGUAGACAAUUUGCCUGGCACCAAAGUGAAUGCGGAGAGCGUGGCGAGGAUAAAACGACGACAUAGCUCACAAGAACAAACUUUUCAACUGCUGAAGUUAUGGAAGCUUCAAAACAAAGACCAAGAUAUGGUCAAGAAGAUCAUCCAAGAUAUUGACCUCUGUGAAAACGGUGUGCAGCGGCACGUUGGGCACGCAAACCUCACCUUCGAGCAGCUUCGCACCUUGAUAGAAAGCUUGCCAGGGAAGAAAGUUGGAGUAGAAGACAUUGAAAGAACAAGAAAGAUGUGCAAAUCAAGCGAGCAGCUUCUGAAGCUGCUCAGUUUGUGGAGAAUAAAAAAUGGCGACCAAGACUCCUUGAAGGGCCUGAUGCAUGCACUCAAGCACUUGAAGGCAUACCACUUGCCUAAAGCGGUCACCCACAGUCUGAGGAAGACCAUCAGGUUCCUACACAGCUUCACAAUGUACAGACUGUAUCAGAAGCUAUUUCUAGAAAUGAUAGGGAACCAGGUGCAAUCAGUAAAAAUAAGCUGCUUAUAACCGGAAGUGGACAUUGGGCUAUUUCCUGAUGAUGGGCCAGAUCUGAUGGAUGAAUGGACCAUUUCCCGGGCACUCGAGGGAGUGCAGUGAUUUCUGCCUCAUCACCAAAGACCAACUUUUGCUGCGAGGCCAUAAAAGAAACUAUGUAAUGGAGAAAAACAAGUAUCUCCUUCAAAAGGUCAAUAAAUCCAAAAUAGUUGAACCAACUAUCAGAUCUGGUUUAGUAUCUACUGACCAUAUUUUUUCUUUAAUACUGCCUUCAGUAAUUAAACUGGAAAUAAUAACAAUACAAAAAUAAAAUGUAGACUUCAUUGUACCUUUCUAAAUAGGGGAAUAUCUAACUUAAAUAGCUUUGAGAUUUCAGCUACGCUAGUGGCUUUUAUUAGAAAGCCAUUUUUUUUUCUGUAAACUUACUAAGAUAUCUGUAACACUAUUAUCAUAUUGCUAUUUAUAUUCAUUCAGAUAUAACGUUUGUACAUAUUAACAUCUUAAAGAGAAAUUAAGACUUAAUUUUCAAAAGGAAAAAAUAUAUAUAUUGUGUUUAUUAUUGUGACAAAUAAAAGAGAUAUAUUUUUAAUAGAAAGUGUGUAGGAUUUUCUAAUAAGUAUUGCUAUUUUUCCUUUGUGGAGUAUUUUUAUAAUAAAUUUUAUCUGUAUAAGCUGUAAUAUCAUUGUAUAGAACAUGCAUCAUUUAGUCAAUUGUUCCAUUUUAAAAAGUAUACAAAACAUAAAUUAUCUGAAUAUUACAUGCUCUGAGAAAUUGAAUGUACCUUAUUUAAAAGUUUAUGGUUUCACUAUGUAAACAUCAUUAUUAAAGUUUUCAAAUUAUUUUUCA